ACACUGUCGAGAAAAGUGCGGCUUAUCACAAUAUCUGCUAUAUGGUAUCAUUCCGCCCUCUUAUGACGCACUGGGAGUUUGUGGUUUGCGGUCUGUUAAGCGCGGCGUAGAAACAUAAUUUUUAGCGAAAUUUCGCUUUAUUGUGAACAGGGUUUAGAUUUGGAAUUUGGUGUGUGUGUUAUUGCAUCAUGCCUGGCUUCAGUAGUGUGGGCACAUUUAAAAUCUUCAUUGGCAAUUUGGCUGACAAAACUACAACUGCUGACAUCAAACCAUUGUUUGAAAAGUAUGGGAAGGUUGUGGAAUGUGAUGUUGUUAAGAAUUAUGGGUUUGUGCAUAUGGAACAUGAAGAGGCUGGUAGAGAUGCCAUUCAGAAUUUGAAUGGUUAUUUGGUCCAUAACCAAGCAAUUAAAGUUGAGGCUGCCACAAGUCGCAAAGGACCCCAGACACCUACAACAAAGAUAUUUGUUGGAAAUCUUACUGAUAAUACAAAAGCUCCACAAGUACGGGCUCUGUUUGCCAAGUAUGGCACAGUCCUGGAAUGUGACAUAGUCAGAAAUUAUGGUUUUGUGCAUAUUGAGUCAAGUGAUGCAGUGAAUGAUGCAAUAAAGGAGUUGAAUGGUUUUGUUGUUGAUGGACAACCAAUGAAGGUCCAGGUUUCUACAAGCAGAGUACGUCAAAGACCAGGAAUGGGAGACCCAGAACAAUGCUACAGGUGUGGGCGAGGUGGACAUUGGUCAAAGGAAUGCCCGAAGACGGGGAUGGGUCCUGACAGGAAUGGGUUUAGGGACCGUAUGUUUGGACGUGAACCAUAUCCUCCUCCUCCACCACCUCCGUUCCUGCGUGACCGCAUGAUGGGACGAUUUGGUGUGAGGGAUAGUUUCUAUGAUGGCUACUAUGACCGCAAUCGAUUUGAUGAGUCUCGAGAAAUCUUUGAUCGUCGCUUCCCUCCACUUCCUCCCCGUGAUCUUGGACCAUCUCUACGAGGACGUGACUUUUUGCCACCACCGCCUCUUCCCCCAAGGCCGCGUGAUCCUCUGCCUCCACCACCACCCUUGGGACUUCGAGGACCAUCCAGUUCAUUGAGAGAUACACCAUCAUUUGACCGUGGCAGUUCUGACUAUGGCAUAUUCAGUCGCCGCUCACCAUCAGCUUCAGCGGCACCACCAAACCGAUUCAGUCGGCUGUAUGAGGAUUUCAGUCGUGACAGUUUUGAUGACAGGAGACCGGCCGUGCGUGGAACAGCGUCCCCUCGUCGCUAUGCACCGUAUUAGAUGCAUUCAUCCGUCGCAGUUUUAUGCCGAUCGGUAGCGUCGGCAUCGGUCGGGUGAAUUGUUCGCUCGUGCGGGAAGCCUCGGGCCGAAUGAACGGGAAGACGGGACAGGCAUCCGUGUAGCGGACUUCCUCUCUCUUGAAUUCCUUCACAAGUUCGUCUCCUUUCGUGUUAAUUAAGCAUGGUACAUGGUCAUAUUCCAGAUAUCAAUAUCUUUAUUGUAAGUUUCAGUUUAGCUGCAGCAAUUGUAGUGUGCUGUAUUUUUCAAAUACAUCUCGGUGACAUUAGAUUCCAUUGUGAAUGUUACUAUACUGAUAAUGAUUCGAAAGUGAUUGUUGGCUGCAAAGUGACAAGAUGAAGAUGUAAUUGUUUUCUUUUUUAUCUAACCAACAGGCCAUCAUUAUUUCGGCAUUAUCGAGUCACUGACUUUGGCUGUUUCUUAGGUUUCUCGUAGCAAAAUAAGUCUUAAAUUCUGUAACUUUUUCGUGUGUUAUCAAUAUACAUUAUAUGUGUACUGUGUA